GACGGAGGCUCGAGUUUUCUUGCCGGUAACUCAGCUGCGGGUGGCCCCUUUGCUGCCAACCGGCAGGAAGUGAAAAUCUGGAUUAAAAGAUGACCUCGGAGCUGGAACAGUUAUAUUCUCAUGUUAAUGAAAAGAUUGGCAAUAUUAAAAAAACUCUAUCAUUAAGAAAUCUUGGCCAGGAGCCUACAUUGAAAACUAUAUUAAAUAAAAUAGGAGAAGAGAUCAUUAUAGUAAAUGAACUUCUAAAUAAAUUUGAAAUGGAAAUUCAGUAUCAAGAACAAACCAACAGUUCCCUCAAGGAACUCUUUGAAUCUCUUGAAGAAGAUUAUAAAGAUGUGGAACAUAUGAACGAAAACAUUCCUCCCCAUUUGCCUCAAGUAACAGUAUCACAGAACUUGGUUAGUGGAUCAGAUCUUGAUGUUGAAGAGCCAGUCAAAGUUGAGGAACCUGAACCCAAAAAGAAGCCUCCAAAAGAACAAAACAUUGUUAAAGAAAUGCUGUUUAUAUCUACUGAUGAAUUCAAUGGAAUUCCUUCGUACAUGAAAUCCCGCUUAACCUAUUCUCAAAUUAAUGAUGUUAUUAAAGAAAUCAAUAAAGCAGUAGUUAGCAAAUACAGGAUUGUUCAUCAAUCGAAGAAGUCUAUGAACUCUAUAACUAGAAAUCUCUAUCAAAGAUUUAUUAAUGAAGAAACAAAGGAUACUAAAGGUCAUUAUUUUAUAGUGGAAGCUGACAUAAAGGAGUUCACAACUCUGAAGGCUGACAAGAGGUUUCAUGUGAUCCUGAAUAUUUUGCGACACUGCCGGAGGCUGUCAGAGGUCCGAGGGGGUGGACUUACCCGUUAUGUCAUAACCUGAGGCCUUGGCUUAACUGACAGGUAGUAAGGCAUAGAUGCUAGUCCUGUAAUUAUCUUACAUAUAAUCUCUGGCUUUGAAGUGUU